UCUGCCAUGCCACCAGUGCAAUGCUUUACUGUGUUUUGCUUGGUCUCUGUCUCUGUUUCUUUAGUACUAAAAUGUCGCUGAGAAUGAAAGUAGAAAAGAAAAAGACUCAAGAGGAGAUGCGUCGUUUGAUGGCAGAACGUAAAAAGAAGGAAUCAACAAAAAUUGACAAUCCUUUGGCUAAAUAUAAUAAUGCGGGACAGCUUACUUGUGUCCUUUGUAGUUCAAUAGUACGCUCUGAAAAUGUGUGGCCAGUUCACGUUAAUAGUAAGCAACACAGAGAAAAUAUUGAAAAAGCAAAGAAACUGAAAGAGUUGACUAACAAUUUUACAGUGGGUAAAAUUAAACAUAAAAGCGCAAGCCCUCCUAAAGAUGUACCACCGGAAAAGAAGAUAAAAGGCAUAUUGAAGAAUGCAGUUCCAUGUACCCCAACACUUACAGUACAACCUAAAAAUAAUGCACCACAAAUUAUUUCUUACCAUAAUGAAGAAAUCAAAAGGUUACCACUGAACACCGUUAUUCAACCCACAACAAGUAAAAUAGAUGAACUACCAAAAGUUGCAGAGGUUGUUGAUUCUUUGAAGGCACUGCAGACAGACCAGCCCAUUCCUGAAGGUUUUUUUGAUGAUCCAAUAUUGGAUGCUAAGGUAAGAAAUAUUGAAUAUAAAGAUCCAGUUGAAGAAGAAUGGGAGAAAUUUCAAAAAGAGAUUAAGGAGGAAGCUACUGCUUCUGCAGAAAUAAUAGCUGGUGAACAAGAAGAAGCAACUGCAGAACGCCAAAUUGAUGAAAUAGACGAACAGAUGCGCAAUUGGUCCAGAGUUUUAGAUUUAGAAUUAAAAAAAGAAGAAACCAAGAAGAAGAAAAUGGAUACUGACAGAAUGAGUGAAGACGAAGACGAUGACUCGGGCAAUGAAGAAGAUAUUGAUGAAUUUUUAGAUUGGCGAGCAAAAAAGUCAUAUGUAUAACCUUCUAAAUGAAAUCGCUUUUAAUGCAAUAAAUCGAAAAUAUAACGUUAU